AUGAAGUUAUUAUCAUGGAAUGUAAGGGGUUUGGGCAAAGCCAAAAAGAGGAGGAAGGUCAGAAGCAUUCUUAAAGACAGAAAAAUUGAGUUUGCUUGCUUCCAAGAGACAAAGAGAUCUGAUGUUUCAUCCUUAUUCAUACAAUCAUUAUGGCCAGAUGAAGAUAUGGAAUAUAUGGUGGUUGAUUCUGUAGGAAGCGCAGGGGGAUUGUUGUGUAUUUGGAAGUCAUCUGUGUUCCAGCUCUCUCAGUGCUAUAGCAUUAGGCACUGUAUUAUACUCCCUGGGACACUUUUGACAAAUUUCAAAUGUGUACUGCUCAAUAUCCAUGCUCCAAAUGAGGUAAAUGAGAGGGGUAAAUUUUGGAGUGUAUUACAUAGAUUGAAAUCAAUGUUUAGUGAUCCUUGGUGCUUGGCUGGGGACUUUAAUGAAAUUAGGAAUAUUGGGGAAAGAAGAGGAUGUUCUAGAAGAGACAAAUGGAUGAAGGAGUUCAACCAAUUUAUUGAAAAGUUAAAGCUUAUUGAUUUACCUAUGAUGGGUAGGCAAUUUGCUUGGUGUAAUGCUACUGAAGGGGAAAGAUGGAGUAGGAUUGAUAGGAUCUUGUUGUCAACUGAGUGGCUGGAAAGGGUUAAUUUUAAACUAUGGGGUUUGGAAAGAAGUGUGUCUGACCAUUGUCCACUAUUACUGUUAGAAGAUGGGAGGGAUUGGGGUCCAAGGCCGUUUCGCUUCUUAAAUGCUUGGUUUCUCCAUCCCAAUUUUGGAAGCCUUGUGAAGAAAUCCUGGGAGGAGUCUGCAUUGUCUGGAUGGGCAGGUUUUGUUAUAAUGAAUAAACUAAAGAUGCUUCAAGCAGAUUUGAAGAAAUGGAAUAGAGAGGUUUUUGGGAAUGUGACUUCGGCGUUAAAGGUAGCAGAGGAGGAGCUUCAUGCUAUUGAUUUAGUGGCUGAGUCGAGAAAUCUUGAGGAGAAUGAGGUUUGA